AUGAGCAAAGAUAGCCUGCUUUCAUUAGGUAGCAUUGAUGAGGAGACUAGCAGCAGCUCAUGUCUCUCCUCAGUGCGCAACAUAUUGAAGCAGUUGUGGUGCGAUUCUUGCGAUUACUCCAAGAAUGCGGUGGAGAUGGGGCGAAAGGAUCCAAGAAAAGUGGUUUAUGCUCUCAAGAUGGGCUCUGCAUUGGCUCUUGUUUCAUUGCUUUUAUUUUGGGAAAUGCCUAUUAAAGAUGCGUCCCAGUAUUCAAUCUGGGCUAUCCUAACUGUCGUUGUGAUGUUUGAGUUCAGUAUAGGGGCGACGUUCAUCAAGGGAUUCAACCGCGGUUUAGGUACCUUUUUCGCGGGAAUGCUGGCCUUUUUAUUUGCUGGGCUGUCAGUCUUGGCUGGACCAGGGGAAAAGAUUGUGAUUGUUAUAAGUUUCUUCAUCAUUGGCUGUUGUGGGUCGUACUUGAGGCUUUACCCUACUAUGGUGCCGUACGACUAUGGAUACCGCGUUUUUGUGCUCACGUUCUGCAUCUUAAUGGUGGCUGGGAACAGAAAUAGGGGCUAUGUGUUGGCAAUUCUAACUAGAUUGGUUCUGAUUGCUCUUGGUGCUUGCAUCUGCUUCACCAUUAACAUCUGUGUCUACCCUAUCUGGUCCGGAGACGAUCUGCACCGCCUCGUGGUGAAUAAUUUCAACGAGCUUGCCACAUCUUUGGAAGGUUGUGUGAAUGGCUACUUGAGGAGUGUCAACUACGAAAGAACGAGCAGCCGGUUCAUGGCUCAAGCAUCCAGUGAUCAGAUUGGCUACAAAUCAGUCAUAGAAUCUGCAAGCAGAGAGCAAACCUUGUUCGGGUUUGCAAUAUGGGAGCCGCCUCAUGGGCGCUACAGAAAGCUUCACUAUCCGUGGAGGAUGUAUGUGAAGACGAGCAAUGCGGUUAGGCACUGUGCUUACACUGUGAUGGCACUCCAUGGAUGCAUUAUGUCAGAAAUUCAGGCGCCACCGGAUAAAAGGAGGGUGUUCUUAAGCGAGUUCCAGCAGGUGAGCGUCGAGGGAUCAAGAGUUCUGCUCGAGUUGGGAAGCAAGAUAGAGAAGAUGGAGAAGCUAGGAGCAGUCAAGAACAUUCUAGAACAAGUGCACGAGGCGGCUGAGCAGCUGCAGAAGAAGAUAGACCAGAGAUCAUUCCUUCUAGUGAACUCCGAUAGCUGGGAGGUUGGCAGCCACAGGAAGGAUCUAGAAGAACUUGAUGAUCUUCCACAACACCAUCUUUGCCAAAAGUCAUUGAGUGAAACUUCGAUUUAUAUACAAAAGCCUCUGACGAGGAAUGUGAGGAGGCUCGUGCCAUGGCCUUCCUCAUUUUGUUUGGAAGGUGAUGGAGUGGUAGUGAUUGGAGAUGGCGAGGCCAAGACUUGUAAGAGCGCGAGCGCCUUGUCACUUGCCACGUUUGCCUCGCUGUUGAUUGAGUUCGUGGCGAGGCUGCAGAUUGUGGUGGACUGCUUUGAGGAGCUUAGUGAGGAGGCAGAGUUCAUGGAUCCUGAUGUUGUUCUAACAGAAAGUGGAGGCCUUUGGACAAGGCUAGUGAGAUGUUUGAGUUACAAGUGAUGAUUUUUCGUUGUAUAGUUUAGUUGCAGAUAUUUGAACUUUAGUUAGUUAGUUGUUGCGUGGGAGUUGGGAGUUUUGAAAUAUAUAGUCAAGAUUGGAGAUUG